CGGAUCAAACGGUGCUGCUGUGGGUUUUUGGCUCCUCGCCUGCUGAACGCAGUGGAUUGUUGCCGCUCCAGUGGAUGUAUACGUGAAAGGCGCGUGCAAUCCGCGCAGAGACUGCGACGGACAGUGACAGCUGAAUCAUUUCCACCGUUAAGUUGAAGUGAUUUGGGUUUUGUUUUUUGUUUUUUUUGUAACGUGUAAAGUUUGAACGAACACAAAGGGGGUUGGAUGGGAGCAGGGUGAAGUGAGGCAAUGCUCCAUCAGCGCGCGGCUUCAGCUCUCAUCCAAACUCCGGCUGUGGUUUUGCGCGCUGUGGUCUCUGCAGCUGGACUCUGCUGUGGAGUUGGAGUUUUGGUUCUUUUGGAUCUACAGGAUGCAUUAUCACUACAGGUUACAUCGUGUGCAAGAAAAGCGGCUCUCUGUGACAAAUAAGUCUCCUAAAUAGCUUCAUUUCAUCCGCGGGAAGCCACAUUUACUAUAUUAUAGCGCGAUGAUUUUAACUUUUGUCAUUGCACUGUCCUUCCUGGACUCAGUGGUCACCUUGAAGGGCAGCGCAGCGUCCCGGCCCGUGCGCCUGGACUGCGUGAAGGCCAGUGAGCAGUGUCUGAAGGAGUACUCCUGCAGCACCAAGUACCGGACCAUGAGGCAGUGCGUGGCGGGCAGGGAGAGCAACUUCAGUGCGGUCACGGGACCGGAGGCGCAGGGCGAGUGUCGCAGCGCUAUAGAUGCCGUGAAGCAGAGCCCGCUGUACAACUGCAGGUGCAGGAGAGGCAUGAAGAAGGAGAAGAACUGUCUCCGGAUCUUCUGGAGCAUAUUUCAGAGUUUACAGGGUAAUGAUUUGCUGGAAUACUCUCCUUAUGAACCAGUCAACAGCCGGCUCUCAGACAUCUUCCGCCUGGCACCCAUCAUAGCCGUUGAGCCUGCAUCCACAAAGGAGAACAACUGUCUAAAUGCUGCCAAAGCCUGUAACCUGAAUGACACGUGUAAGAAAUACCGCUCAGCUUACAUCAACCCCUGCACUAGCAGGGUGUCUGCUUCUGAGGCUUGCAACAAACGCAAAUGCCACAAAGCACUACGACAGUUCUUUGACAAGGUACCAACUAAAUACAGCUAUGGGAUGCUGUUCUGCUCCUGUCCAGCGGGGGAUCAGACGGCAUGUGCAGAACGGAGACGACAAACGAUUGUACCCGUCUGCUCCUACGAGGACAAAGACACACCAAACUGUCUGUCUCUGCAGAACGCGUGCAAGACCAACUACAUAUGCAGGUCGAGGCUGGCAGACUUUAUCAGCAACUGUCAGCCAGAAGCUCGUUCCAUCUCCGGCUGUCUGAGGGAAAACUACGCAGACUGCCUGCUGUCUUAUUCAGGUCUUAUCGGUACCGUCAUGACACCCAAUUAUGUGCGAUCCCUUGGUAUUAGCCUGUCACCGUGGUGCGACUGCAGCAACAGUGGGAACAGCAAGCCCGACUGUGAGAAAUUUGCAGAGUUUUUCACCAACAACAGAUGCCUACGUAACGCCAUCCAGGCGUUUGGCAAUGGCACUGAUGUUGGAGUUUGGCAGCCACAGCCUCCAAUUCAGCCCACAGCAGCAGAGCCAAGCAUCACGCACAGGUUCAAAGAGCGGACCAGCAGUGCUCUGGACGCACUGACAGACAUGAUCAAACUCCACCUGGAUGACGACUCGUAUCACAUCUGUGGCACCUUACAGGCCCAAAAGUUGGUGUCAAAUCAAACAGUGGACACUGGUGUGUGUAAGAAUCAUCAACUGGAAGAUUCCAGUAACUCAAAUGCUGUUGCCAGAAGCUCACCAGCUAAACUCCACUUACACCUCUCCAGUAUGCUCUUCACCCUGGCUUUUGGUUUGAUGCCAAUAGCAUUAACACAAUAAGGUUUCAACCUUCCGUAGGAAGCAAGGCUUCUGGAUCAGUGUUCUCAUUUCAAGAAGUGACUUACAUCAUAAACUUAAUUCAGACUUUUGCCCGCGUGUGACACCUAUAUUCAAAGUGGAGGAGCAACAUGGGACGUUGAAGAGCACUGGAAUUAUAAAAGUGGAUUAAGUCUGAGGCGUCUCUGUGUGUGUUGAAAAUAGACCUGCUGAAGCUGUGUGAGUGAUCGGCUCAUUUGCCUUCUCUGCCUCGUGGGGGCAAUUUGGUGACUUAAAAAAAUAAAAAAAAGAGAAGAAAAUCUGAUUCACACUGAAAGACUUAUUUUCUGGAGUUAAACUGAUCUGUGUACUUCUCUGGAGUGUGUAAUCAGUACAACAUUUGACUGAAUGGACUGCCUACGUGCCGAACAACGUAUAUGGAUAAAGUGGAUGUACAGACCUAACUGAGCUUUAAGUCACGAUAGUUCAGGUUAUUUAAGGUGUGGUUGAGUAAAAUAGACGCUUAAAAAUGCUAAAAACAUGGCUGCCAGAAAGGGCACAAGGAAAAAAUAUUUUAGCCACUGAAUGACUCACUUAAUUCAAUCUGUAUCUGUUUGAGUCUAUGAUAUUUGUAUAUGUCCACUGCUUUAUGUCUUUUAUUGGUCAUUCUGUAAAGUGCUGCUGCCUCCAUCAGUGAGUUCAAGAGUGUUAUUUUGAGACUUGGGUAUUUUAAACCAUUCCAUCACAUGUAGCUAGAUGACACACUUUCCAAGGAGUAGACCAGCAACUCGUGCCCACGAAAUAAAAGUGCUGACUUUCACUAUAGGAAACACGAGUGAUUUACAAACUGCAGUUGGAAAGCCGAGCCUUUUGUUAAGUGGCUCCAAUGUGUUCUCACUUGUUCCCCAGCUGGCAGCCAUUUCAAGCAAACCCCUCAAAUAACCUGAAAUAUCCCUCAACUUGCUUCAGCUGAACAGAAGUGUUGAACCCAUGAUUACGUCAAUAUGGACAAAUGAUUCAUGUUGUGCGACACAUGUAAAUGAAAUUGUAAAAUAUUUAAACUCUGACCGAUCACGUUGUGUCAGAAUACUCACAUUUCUCUUGCUCAAUACUUCAUAGAGAUCAGUUUUGUAGUUUGAUUUGAUUGUUAUAACGGUCUGUGGUUUUAUCAUGUCGCCUCGGAACUAGGCAUUUUGUAUAUAUGAUACACGAAAUGUGAACUGCUGUUAGGUUGUAACAUAUUGUCUGUAAUGUUUUUGAGAGUGUGUUAGCUUCCGGGGCCGAGGCCUCUCAGCUUCAUCUAGAGUAUUGCGAUUUAUAAAAAUGUGAGAGGGCACAGUUCGUUACUCAUGUGGUUACAGCUACGACUUUAUUGUGCAACUAUAUUUUGAUGGCAAAGUAGAUGUUAUGUUGAAACAGUAUUUCUCUGGAGGAAUAUCAAACUCUAAGUCUGUAACAGCAAUAGAAAAGAGUUUACAAACGGAUAUUAAAUGGCUAAAAAGUGACAUUUGUUUUGUUGCUCUGAUCCACAAUCUCCAAAAUCUGCCACUAUUUUAUUUUUUCACUAAAUUAUAUCUUGUAAUGAGCGGAAAGACAGGAGCUUGUGUGUACACACACACACAAGUCGAGCUAUGCCGAAAGACAAAAGCCAGCACACAUUAACUGCAAGCAAUUACUGCUGAUGCAAAUGGA